AGCGAUGAUAGGGUUUGUUUAUGCUGUUUUUGCGGGCUUUUGUGCAGCGACUGCUUCAACAUGUGCCAAACUAGCAAUGUCGCCUGAGUUUCAGAGGAAUUUUUGGUGCGAUUUGUUACUCCAAAGGGUGGCUGAGAGUCCCUCGCUUUCGUCAGUCUGCGAAACGGUUAGUUACUCCGCUUUGAUUGUUACUCUUUUGAAAUAGAGUCAGUGAUACAGAUUAUGUAGCAACGUAAUUAGUGUUAUAGAUGAUCUAGGUGCGAAUAUGUUUAGUUAAGUUCGGUCCUUUUAACUUCGAAAGUGUCGGUGAUGGAGCUAAUGAACCGGCCCGCGUAUUAAACUUUCAUAGUUUGGUUACAAAAGAACGGGGGGAUCCUGGGUGGGUAUCCCGAGGGGGAGAGGGUACUCGACCAGUAUUAAUGGCUACUGGUUUGAAACCCGGACCUUUUUUAGGCCAAAAAAUCCUCAAAUACAAACCCUCUUUUGGACAACAUUCACCCCGUCUUGUUUUAAAGUUGUUUAUUAGCAAUAGAGCAAAUUCACAUUAUAGUCAUUGCUUUUGUAUACUUGUAGUGCAGACAAUUACAAAUUUUAUCAAGCAAGUCAAACUAAUUAUGCAGGCAAUACCCUGAUAAUCAUAAGGACCCAUCACAGGAAAAAAUAACGGAUUCCCGUUUUUGGAUAUUUUAGGGUAUUUAAAGAAUACCCAUAAAAAUCCCAAAUUUGGCAAAGUGAGACAAGUCCCAACCAGGGAAUUCCCAACCAAGUUCCCUGAUUGGGACUUGUCUCACUCUUCCAAAUUUGCGAUUUUUGUGGGUAUUUUUUAAAUACCCUAAAAUAUCCAAAAAUGGGAAUCUGUUAUUUUUUCCUAUGCAUAAGGACAUAAUUGCAUAUACCCAUUUUUUAUAGGACAGAGAGGGUAAAAAUCAGACACUGUCCAGUGGCACAUCCCUGUAUAUGGAAUUGUCUUUUAACUAUUUUCAGAUUGUCAUAAUUUCAAGAGUGUUAUCUUUUCUUCUGGUGUUCUUUUUCAAUGCGUUGAUGUGGACACUGUUUGUCAAGUCUCUAAGAGGUUCCUCAUCUUCAGCAACAGCAACAGUGAUAAAUACAGGCUCAAAUUUUAUCUGCACUGUAAGUACUGUAAUCAUAACUAUAACAAAAUUGUCAAAUCUGAUUGGCUCUCAACUGCCCUGAUUUCAGCCUUAAUUGGACAGUUUAAUAGGACAGUACGCGUCAUGCCUAAGUAAUUGGACAGUACGCGCCAUCACGCGUGCGCUUAAAUGGUUUUUUUUUCACUGCUAGCAAAACAAAAUUUCGAAUUUCUUGUGUUUUGGUUUAAAAAAUAGCCUAUUGUAUCACAAAUUUUGUUAAAGUUAUGAUUAACUGGUAACAGAACUUCGUGUCGUCCAAUUCAGUCUGUAAUCAUACUCGUGAUUAAACAAAUCGGACUCCCGCUACACGGUCGUCCGAUUUUGUUAAUCACUUGUAUGAUUACAGACCGAAUUGGACUCCACUCAGUCCUGUUACCAUUACCAAUCUUAUGUUAUUUGGACAACCAUUGUUAAUGAUAUAAAUCAGGAGGAAUCCAGCCAUCAGAAUUUAGACAGGGAUAGCUGGUUUGUAAUUUUAUGCUUGAAUCCUUUAUGUAAAGGACAGUUUAAUAAGGACAGAGUAGUGGUUAACUUUAACUGCCCAAGAAGAAAGAGAGAAUUUUUUGAAAAGCCAGCCAAGAAAUAAAAAAGAACAGGAAGAGGCUAUUCAGACUGAAAUUUAUUAAUGAAGUGAAUAUUAUUUUUAUUUCUUAUAUAUGAUAAUAUACUCCUUCAAUUUAUGAAACAAAAGCAUCUGCUUAAUUUAUUAACUCCAAACAUGUUUGUAAGUUCCAUUAUCUUUCACAGUGUUUCAGAACUUUUGUUGUGGUACCUCUAAACAGCUUUGUAAAGUAUUACUUCUAAAAUAAAUAUUGGUGGUAUAUUUAAUCAUUACAUGUACUCAACUGAAUCUGUUCUAUCGUAGAGGAAAAUUUUCAAUACCAGCAAAUUUUCAAUUUCACUCACGUUUUGUCCAAAUCCUAAUAAUUUAGGAUUAAAUUAUUAGGAUUUGGACAAAAUGUAAAUAAAAUUCUUCCUAAUUUCUCGAGUGUACCAUUUGAUUAUCUAUUUCAGUAUAUCAUGGGUGACGAAUUACAUUCCAAAUCAUGGAUUUUUGACAAGUUUAUCCUGGUUUUAUCAUAUUUGGCAAUCGAGAACUUCAUGCUGUCAAAAGAUAAAUUUAGCCUGAGUUCAGAAUUUGCAGAAUUUUUUGACGAAAUACCUGUUAGAAUCCUUCAUGAUAUGCUCUUUCGUAUGUUUAGGUUUUCUCAAGUGUCUUUUAAUGCCAUGACAUCUUCAUUUAUAAAAUUUAACUUCGGCGACACCGAGACCUAUGGAAGGUUGCCGUGGCAGUUUUGUACCUUCACAUGUGGAAUUGUGAAUAAAUGCUGAAAUUUCAUGCCAAAAUUAAAGAAUUAAUUCAUCACCCAUGAUAUUAGGGUAAUAAUCUUGUGAGCGGGACAUUGACUUAUGAUCAGCUGCUAUUUGCAGAUGCCUCUGAACAUAUCUAAGAUGUAAGUGAUGUGAAAUGAAGGGUCACAUCAUUUACUUUCAUGUGGUCAUUGCACUCUGGCAGUGUUGCUUUCUAUCUUGAAAGAUCAUAAAAUAGUUCCAAUCUGUUGUUUAAACUUAAGUCAUAUAAGAGCAGAGUUGCUAAAGGUGGAUUAUCUCUUGCAGGCCCUGUUGGGUUGUUUGUUGUUUGGUGAGGCCUUGACCAUGAGAUGGUGGUUAGGCACAUCUCUGAUCCUAACAGGCUUGAUUCUGAUUCACUAUAACAGUGUACCGGUAACUAAAGAACAUCCAGAUGUCAAGAAAGAGUAA